AUGUCGGCACCAGCAACGCACAAGCAACCCUCGAGGAAGGGCACCAAGGCCUGGAGGAAGAACAUCGAUCUCACUCAGGUCCAAACCGGUCUCGAAGAUACCCGAUCUGAGCUCGUCGCCGGUGGCAUCAUUGCCGAGAAGGAUAGCGCCGACCUCUUUACCACUGAUGUCGCUGGAGACGCCGAGGUAGCUCGUAAACAAGCCAGCGGAAAACUCCUCAAAGCAGAUGAGAUCCUUGCCCAGCGGAGCGCCAUUCCAGGGAUCCCGAAACGAAAGCGCAAAGAUGAAGUGACAGUCUUCGAGGGCAGUGGACCGGGUGGGAAAAAACGCAAGAAUGGAGAGUAUGUUUCUUACAAGGAUCUGCGAAGGCUAAAGAUGAUUGCGGAUGGAGGUGCCGUGGGAAUGCAGAUGGAAUAUGAGAAGGCAGAGCACGAUCCUUGGGGUGAGGUUGCUCCUGUCCAGGAAGAGAAGUUUUCGUUCCUUGAGCCGAAGAAGCCAAAGGUUGCGCCAAGAUCUUUGGGUCUCGCACCGAACGCUAUCACGAAGGAUGGAAAGGCUGUGGCGAGUGUCAGGAAGCCCGACGCAGGAAAGAGCUACAACCCCAAUGUCACCGACUGGACGGCACUGUAUGAGCGGGAAGGCGCUGCCGCGGUUGAGAAGGAGAAAGAGAGGUUGAGACUCGAGGCGGAGAUAGAGGCGAGAGAGGCAGCCGCUUUGGAGGAGGCGGCAAGGGUUGAGGAGGCCGAGAAGGAAGCAUUUGCCACAGACUACGAAAGUGCAUGGGAAAGUGAGUGGGAUGGCAUCCAAAGCGGAGGAGAGGAAAGGGUGGUGCACACAAAGAAGAUGCAAAAGCGAAAGACGCCUGCGGAGAGGAAUAAGAUCAAGGCGAGGAAGGAGCGAGAGCAGAAGGAGAAGUGGGAGAAGAAGCAGAAGAUCAGGGCAGAGGAAGAAAAGCACAUCAAGAAGAUUGCGAGGGAACUAGCGGCGAAGGACAAGGCCACGAGACCCGGAACUCUUGUCAGGACGGAAGGUGGCGAAUUGGAUUCGUCUUCUGACGAUGGCACGGAGGCCGCCAUCGUGAAGCGUCGUUUCGGGAAGGUUGCUAUGCCAGAGGCACCGCUUGAGGUUACUCUUCCAGAAGACCUUGAGGAUACUCUACGUAGGCUGAAGCCUGAGGGUAACCUUCUGACGGACCGGUACAGAAAUCUGCUUCUCAAUGGCAAGGUUGAGAUCAGGAAACCUGUCGGACAGAGAAAGCAAAAGCAGACAUACAGGACAGAAAAGUGGAGCUACAAGGAUUGGGAGUUGAAGUAG